AUGUCUGGUAAGAAAUUGUAUGGUUAUGCAUGGCUGUCUGUAGUCCUUGAUGGGUACACUUUGGGUAUCCACUUUGUGCAAGACACAUCCUAUUUUGGUCACCACAUCAUGUUAGGCUCCACAUUAUUCCCACACAUCACAUACUCCGCAAAAUCAACACCGCUUCGGCCAGGCAAUUACGCCCGCAACGUCCGCACUAUUUCCCACACUUCUAUUCCCUUCACGCUCAUCGUCGUGCACGAUGAGCACCAUAUUUCACUCAUUUUACUCGUUCUCUUCACACCUUUUGCGUCAUCCAUAUCACCAUUAUGGCUGAUGACGUCCACGGCACUCAACGGCACUCAACGGCACUCCCGCACCUCGCAAAGCUUCAGUGCUCAACGCUCAGCGCUCAUGCCCAUCCUCGUGCCCAUCCUCGUGCCCAUCCUCGCGUCCAUCCUUGUGCCCAUCCUCGCGCCCAUCCUCGCGCCCAUCCUCGCGUCCAUCCUCGUGCUCAACCUCGUGCCCAUCCUCUGUCAUGCUACCUUGCCGCAAGCAGAACACGACGACCUCUUCGCAGGUUACAAUGUCUCAUAG